AGGAAAAUGAGCUGGCAUGGAGGAGAUUGGAUGUGUGGUGUUUGCGAGCACAUAAAUUUCAAGAAGAGGGAAACAUGCCAGAGUUGUAGAUACCCCAAGUAUGGGGGAACUGACCCUUCAACCUACAGAUACAACAAGACUGAAGCAUUAGCAGGGGAUUGGUUCUGCAACUGUGGAGCUCAUAACUAUGCCAGUAGAUCAAGCUGCUAUAGAUGUGGUGCAAUCAAAGAUUAUUACUGUUCAGGAUAUGGCACAAAAUCUGGAGAAUAUGGAUCUUACACUUUUCCCCUAGGAUGGAAGAAUGGAGACUGGCUUUGCCCAAGAAUCGGCUGUGGAGUACAUAAUUAUGCUAGCAGGACAGAGUGCUUCAAAUGCAAAGUGCCAAGGAAUUUUGGUGAGAAAGUUUAA